GCGUGAUCUCAGCCGCGACGACGAGGCGGAGUGCGAGCGACGGCGGCAGCUGAUCGUCGGCGCUCGGCGCAAGAGCAGCGCAGCGAUGAGCCAUGACCACGACACCUCGUCGGCUCUGCAACUCGCGCAGCGGGCGAUUGCAUUCGACCAGGCUCAGCGUUAUGAGGAGGCCAUCUACUGCUAUGGAGAGGCUGCCGAUCGCAUCGUGCACUUGUUGCAAACGAAGAAGAUGCCUUCCCAUUUCCGUAAGACUGCCAUGGAAUAUGUAGAGCGUGCAGAGUUCCUGAAAAAAGACUUACCUCGACUACUUCAAGUUUCCCGUGCAGCUAAAUCUCCUAAUCGCUUACUGUUGGAGAAGGUUGAAUUUGCCUUGUUGAAAGCUCAGCUUUUAGACGAAUCAGAGCAUUACUCGCUAGCCAUUGACUUAUACUCUGAAGCCACUCAGUUAUGUAUCCAAGCGGGUCAAAACUGUGAUGACGAUCAAUUGCGGGGAAAGCUGCUUACUCUCGGAAACAGUGCGUUGAAACGUUUGGAGCACUUAAAACAGAUAGAAGAACAAAAGAAAUUUGAGCUGCUUACGGAGAGCUUACCAGAUGUGCCUGUUGAUGACCUGGCGAAACUUAACGUGAGCAGCAAUGACCCGCCUUCUGGUAGCUCCACUCCAUCCACUCCUCGUUCACCCAAUGUUCGGCCACGUUCUCCUCUUCCUGCACACAAGUCCGAAAGCUUGACAAAAGAUGAGCUCGCCGUUCUUGCUAUCACGUCCAAUAUAAAUGGUCGGAAAUACGUUCCUUUCUUAUCAAUGGACCUCAAGGAGAAAUUCAACUAUUCCAUUCCAUUCAGCGAUAAAGAAAAACUCUCGCUUACGGAGAAACAGAAGAGGAGGAUAAAGGCGUGGUUGCGACCACAUGAGAUUUUUCCGGAGCCAAAAGUCAUUGGCAGCGUCGACAGUGGAACAAUAAGACAGACUGUUAUAUCCGACUGUUCUUUUGUGGCUUCCUUAUCUAUCACUGCACGCUACGAGAAGCGUUUUGGAAAACAGAUCAUUACCAGCAUCAUAUAUCCACAGAACAAAGCUGGUCAUCCGGUUUAUAAUCCUUCUGGGAAGUAUAUGGUCAAGCUAUAUAUAAACGGUGUUUGGCGAAAGGUCAUCAUAGAUGAUUACCUCCCAGUCGGUGAUAAUAUGGAACUUCUGUGCUCGUACAGCCAAGAAAAGGGAGAGCUCUGGGUUUCACUGUUGGAAAAAGCGUAUCUCAAAGUCAUGGGUGGGUACGAUUUCCCUGGAUCAAACUCGAAUAUCGAUCUUCAUGCAUUAACGGGUUGGAUUCCGGAUCGCAUAGCCAUCAAGAAAGAUCUAACGCUACGUGAUGGAUACGCGAUCUUUGAAAAGCUUCUGUCUCGUUUCCAUCGUGGAGAUUGCCUGAUCACCUUAGCGACUGGAAAACUCAGUGAAAGUGUAUGCGAUAGAGCGGGCCUCGUCGAAUGUCACGCCUAUGCCGUGUUGGAUCUCAGGAAAAUAGAUGGUAAACGUUUAUUGAUGGUGAAAAAUCCGUGGACGCAUCUUCGAUGGAAAGGGCGGUUCUCUGAAAACGACACAAUAAGUUGGACUCCAAAACUCUGUCGCGCUCUUGACUAUGAUCCGACACAGGCCAAAGCCAAGGAUGAUGGUGUGUUCUGGAUCGAUUUCGAAUCUGUCUGCAACUUCUUUGAUGUUUUCUACGUUAAUUGGAAUCCUGCGCUUUUCCCUUACACUUAUGGAAUUCAUGCCACUUGGGAUUCCUGUGCGGGACCAGUUAAAGAUCUGUAUACUGUUGCUGACAACCCACAAUACUCUCUUGAAGUUAAUAACAAGUCGUCGACUGCAGUAUGGAUUUUGCUCACCAGGCAUAUCACGGAGAUUGCAGAUUUUGCGGAAAAUAAAGAAUACAUCACCGUGAUAGUUUACAAAUCGGGCAAGAAAAUCUACUUACCAAUGGAUCCGAAGCCACUCUAUGAAGGUAUACGUAUUAACAGCCCUCAUUUUCUUUGUCAGAUGGUCAUCAACGAACCAGGUCUACAAAAGUACACCUUAGUGGUGGCUCAAUACGAAAAAAUGAGGACUAUCUAUUAUACUCUUCGGGUUUACUCGACCUCUCAGUUCAACCUGAGCCCUAUCAAAAGUUUUUACAACGUCAAGAAAACUGAAACAGGAAAAUGGGAGGGUCGCAGUGCGGGAGGAUGUGGAAAUGGUCUUAGCAGAGAAACUUACAAAAACAAUCCUCUAUUCUACAUUAGUCUUGAAGAGAGCAGUGAUGAGAACCGCCUUCUCAUUGACCUGAAGGGGCCAAAGCAGUACAGCGUUGGCUUUGAAGUCCUUCAAGUUUCAUCACCUAGAAAUAAACCAUUUGAGAGGACAGACUCUGGAGUUUAUAGGCCUGGUUACACUGUACUCGCUUUGGAGAGUGUUCCCGCUGGAGUAUACAGCAUUCGUCCAAUGACAUUUUUGGCUGGACAGGAAGGCCCCUUCAUUCUGAAAGUGGAAGCGUCAUGUGGAUUCACUUUCAAAAGGGUUCAGUGACAAAGUGUUAUAAAAAAACUACUCUUCCACUGUUUUACUCUAUAUCUUUGUUUCAAUGGUCUUGUGGGAAAA